AUGAGCCAAGAUGCUUAUUACAUAACGCCCAAUGAUGCUGCUUUGGCCGUAGUGGCGACGUCGAUGAAGAAAGCUAGGCUGAGGCCAGAGGCUUUGAUUUGUAAUUCCAUCAUGGGUGGUAUUUUUUUCACGGCAGGAGGAAUGUUAAAUACCGCAUGUCACUCCUUAAGUCCUGAGAUUGUUCAUCAAAAUCCUGGCAUGGUCGAUUUUUUAGGUGCUUUGAUGUUUCCCAUUGGUCUCUUUUACGUCGUAAUCAAUGGUACUGACUUGUUCAAUUCUAAUGUUUUGUUCUUUUCCGUCGGUGUGCUGCGAAGAGCCGUCUCGAUUUACGAUCUCCUGAUAAGCUGGGCUGUCAGCUGGUUCGGCAACUUAGCUGGCACUCUAUUUGUUGUUUACGUUAUCUGUCAUUUGUCUGGAAGUACCAGAUCCGCCGAGUUUGUCAACUACACGCGUCUUCUCGUUCAGCAAAAAGAUUCCUUCUCCUUUGUAGAGAUUUUCAUCAAAGCGAUAGCAGGAAAUUUCUUUGUUUGUCUCGCGAUCUACCUACAAUUGAUGGCCAAGUCUCUUCACGUUAAAUUUUUGAUGCUGCUUUUACCGAUUUUUACUUUUGUCGCUUCCGGUUUUACACACGUAGUGGCUGACAUGUUUCUCUUGACAGUGGGGAUGCUAAACGGUGCCGAUUUGCCAGUCUCGAGAUUCAUUUGGAAGCACAUGAUUCCGAGCACUCUUGGUAAUGUUGUUGGAGGCAGUGCAUUUGGUCUAAUAGUCCCGUUUUACUUGCAUUUGGUUGUGGUGGAGGCCGAUCGAAAGCGUCUUUCCCUACCUCAUUACGAAAUGAGGGACGAGCAGCCUGAGCUAAAUAUGGAUUCUAGAGUAAUACGAAUUCCAACGAGACAAGCUGAGAGAGAGGAAGAAGAGGCUGAAGAAAACGAAAAGUGCUCUCCGGUAGAGGAAGACGACUUAGAAGCAAUAAGUACCACCUCAUCGUCAGACGACAAGAAAAAUAGGCAACCUGUUGAAUACCGGCCGGUUUUGAAAACCAGCUCUUUUUCAAAAGCGGGCUCGAGCCUCAGGAGAGUGAGCACAAACAAAUCAGUCAUGAGUACCCGUUCAACCAGGUCUGUAACUCAGAGAACUCCUAUUGGAGUUUUUCCAGUGAUGGGCAUGGCUUCUCCCUUUGAUCACAGGGCAAGCAAAGUCGAAUUACGGGACUUAGAGCUCGAUCCGCGAGAAUCGCGUAGGUCUCAGCAUUCUAUCCCAAGUUUGAACUAUCUGCGAAAAUUGACAACUUCCGACUCAGGUCACAGUCUCGAAGCAACGCGACCACGGUCGCACACAGGGGUUUCAGAAAGGGGCGAUUUUGGUGUUGGAGGCAGUCAGGGUCGCGAAAUUGGCACCGUUAUCGAUGAAAAAAUGGGCACUAGGCUUGAAAGAACUUUGUCCAGAGUCGCAUCGCGAGUAUACAAGGAUAAGAGGCCGUCGGCUGCAACUCUGCCAAGCACAAACCAGGACACCAUACCACAUAAACCGGUAAGACGUGGUAGCAACGUGCUGUCCAGCUCUUUGCCCCAAGGCGGACAGCGCAAUAAUAGUUCGGACGACUUACCAUACCGCGAUAAAUCGCCUACGGACCCGGGCCAUGUUGGUGGGUAUGUACCGAAAAGUAGCGGAAAUUCUUCGCAUGGCGUCCGAACUUCUCAGUGGGCCAGUCACAGGUCUUACAAUAAAUUUAUGCCGCUCCGACCAUCUGCGGCAUACAAUCCAUUAGCAUCCAGCUCUCGGGGAACAACGGCACAUGUCGUAGGCCGUUAUGACGGUUCUCGAUAUAUCCCUACCUCGGAUAAUGAUAAUGAAGAAGAACAGAGCAUCAAAGACUGA